UUCUUUCUCCUCACGCCUUGCUCGCUCUUCUCUCCCCCCGUCUCGUCUUCCUCCCUUCGCUUUGCCCGCUCGGAACUCGACUCGAUCGCAUCGCGAGACCGAGAGGGGCAAAACCCUAGACAGAUCCCUCCCUAGCCUUCCAGAAGCUUCCGGCCGCGGAGCAGAUGCAGGGCGGCAACCACAUGCUCCUCGAGGAGCCCGUCCGCCUCGCCUCCGUCCUCGCCCCCGCCAAGCCCAAAGUAUUCCCAUCCCUCACCAAGAUUGUCGGGACGCUUGGGCCCAACUCGCGCUCGGUCGAAGUUAUUGAAGAAUGCCUCACUGCUGGGAUGUCAGUCGCGCGGUUUGAUUUCUCUUGGAAGGAUGCUACUUAUCACCAGGAGACCCUUGACAAUCUGAGGAAAGCAGCACGGAAUCUCAAGAAGUUGUGCCCUAUAAUGCUGGAUACAGUGGGUCCAGAAAUUCAGGUUCAUAAUUCAACUGGUGCACCAAUUGAGUUGAAAGCUGGAAAUCAUGUCACUGUAACACCAGAUCUUUCUGAAGCUCCCUCAGCUGAGAUCCUACCGAUUAAAUUUGGUGAUCUUGCAAAGGUUGUGACUAAGGGUGACACUCUUUUCAUUGGUCAAUAUCUCUUCACAGGAAGUGAAACAACAUCUCUGUGGCUUGAGGUUAUAGAGACUUCUGGUGAAGAAGUGAUUUGUCUUGUGAAGAACACAGCUACACUGGCAGGACCCAUUUUCACUCUACAUGUUUCACAAGUGCAUAUCAGUAUGCCUACUUUGAGUGAAUAUGAUAAACAGGUCAUUUCAACAUGGGGGUUGCAGAACAGUGUUGACAUUAUUUCGCUUUCCCAUACUCGCUCUUCUGAGGAUGUUAGGGAGCUUAGAGCCUUUUUACAAUCUCAUGAUCUUCAAGACACACAGAUAUAUGCAAAGGUUGAAAAUGCGGAGGGUUUGGAACAUUUUGAUGAAAUUCUCCAAGAGGCUGAUGGUAUCAUUAUAUCUCGAGGAGACUUGGGAAUUGACCUCCCACCAGAAAGGGUGUUCAUGUCCCAAAAGACUGGUAUCCAUAAAUGCAACCUGGCUGGCAAACCUGUGAUCAUCACUAGAGUUGUGGACAGCAUGAUUGACAAUCUACGUCCUACUCGUGCAGAAGCGACCGAUGUUGCAAAUGCUGUCCUAGAUGGAACUGAUGCCAUUUUGCUUGGUGCGGAGACACUUCGAGGGCAGUAUCCUGUUGAUGCCGUGAGUACGGUGGGCAGAAUAUGUGCAGAAGCUGAGACUGUGUAUAACCAGUCACUUCAUUUCAAGAAAGUAGUGAGGCAUGUAGGUGAACCAAUGGCCCAUGAAGAAUCUGUGGCAUCAUCAGCGGUUCGUUCUGCAAUGAAAGUAAAAGCUGCUGCAAUUGUUGUGUUCACUUUCUCGGGGAGAGCUGCUAGGUUAAUUGCCAAGUACAGGCCCCCAAUGCCAGUUUUAGCAGUCGUGUUCCCACGUGAGGGCUCUGAUCCAUCAAAGUGGCGUUCUUAUGGCACGACACAGGCGAGGCAAUGUUUUUCCGUGAGAGGUGUCUACCCCUUGAUGGGUAGUACUGACGAGGCUGAAACUGGCGGGCUCACCAAGGAGGAGUAUGGGAUAAAACUUGCGCUGAAUUAUGGCCGGUCAGUGGGCAUAGUAAAGCCAUUCGACAGGGUCAUAAUUUUCGAAAAGAUUGGUGAUUCGUCUGUUGUCAAGAUCAUUGAGUGUGAGAAUUCUCAAUAAUGAGAUAUCAUAUCACAAGAAACAAUUUCGACAAGACAUUUGCCUCCUGUUUUUCUUUCACUUUGACCUGAGAUAACAAGAGAAGUACAGCAUGACACGGUUGUCCUAUCUAGCGCUUUGGCAUUUUAGAUUCAUACGUGUUGUAAUAAAUUGAAGAGAACUUCUCAGACACCACAACAGCCAAGUUUUGGAGAAAACUAUAGAUUGUUGAGACAAUAUAUCAGUGAUUCCUAGCUUGUAUUUUACAUUACAUCAUAGGAUAUAAAAUCUUUCUAUUUUUGAGGUAUGUAUAACAUCUGAAGAUA